UUUUUUUCUAUUCUUAACUACUUUCUAAUAUAAUGAAAAGAGAUGAAAAGAAAAAUGUCGCGAAGGUCAAUAAGAGAAAAGUAAUAGAAACGAUUUAUCUCGGGGCUCACACUGAUUUUAGUUUUUUUUCUCUUAACGUAGCUCAUAAAUAAUCUAUCAUUCUAACAAAAACGUGUACACUCGUACGACGAUGCGAUUAAGAUGUUAUAUUUGACAAAAUGAGGUUAGACCUUACGUUUUUCGUCCUUGUUGGGUUUUACUGGAAUCUGAUCGAAUGCUUGGUAGUUACGGCGACGAAUAAAAGCACUGAGCCACAACAGGAGUAUAAGCCGGAGGGCCCUUUGAUAUUAUGCAAAUUUCUUCCAAAGGAAUUUAUAGAAUGUGAAGAUCCAGUUGAUCACAAAGGAAAUAAAACUGCAAAAGAGGAAACAGGUUUCGGUUGUGUGAAGUUUGGAGGAUCGCGCUAUGAGGAUGUUGAAAAAACAAAAGUAUUCUGUACUGUAUUGCCAGAUAUAGAAUGUUUUGGUCCAAGAACAUUUUUUCGUAAAGGAGUUCCUUGUAUAAAAUACAGCGAACAUUUUUUUGUCACUACAUUACUCUAUAGUAUAUUGUUAGGUGUAUUAGGCAUGGAUCGAUUUUGUCUCGGUCAAACAGGAACUGCAGUGGGUAAAUUGUUAACAGUAGGUGGUGUUGGAGUAUGGUGGAUUGUUGAUGUUAUUUUACUGGUUACCAAUUCUUUGCAACCUGAAGAUGGAAGUAAUUGGAAUUCAUAUGUAUAGCACACACACACAUAUAUAUAUAUAUAUGAUUGUUAAAAAACUUUAUAUCAUUGUAAUAUAAAUACAUCGUUUUAGGAUAUAUUCUACUGCAUAUCCAUUUCAGUAUCUUUUGAUAAAAUUAAAAUUGUUUACAUUAGUAUAAAGGCAGAUUAUAUCUAUAUAAAAAUCCUCUAUUUAGGACAAUGCGUUUUAUAAUCACUUUUAUAAAAGAAUCUCUCUUAUGCGUUUUAUAUAAAUUUUAGAUUUAACAUUUCUGUAAAAAUUGCCUUAAUGAUUCACGAGUAAUUUAACUCAUUCUUGUUAUUAUAAUAUUCUAAAUUACUGUAAAGUUAUAGUUCAUAAUCAUCUGGGUGAUAAAGCUCACUAAGUAAUCUAUAAAUAUAUGAUGGUGCAUUUCCACCUCUGAAAUUCAAGAAUAAAUUUCAUAUGGUAUGCUGCAUUAUCAAAUUAUAAUUAAUAAAAUGAAUAACUUACGUAUUGGAGAUAAAUAAUGUAACAAGAUCAGGAGGUACAUAAUCAAACAUCGGAUUAUAAGCAUGAAUUCUUUCCAUGAGAGGUUCAUUAGAACCACCUAAUACACCUUGCGUAGGAGAAAUAUGUUGAUUAAAUCCAUCCUGUUCAUGUGAGCAUAAAUAAAGUGGUGAAAGUUUAUAUAAAGGUAGUAACACCAUUACAGGUACAGAAUAAUGCUUUGCAGCCUGUGCAACUGUAUGCGAACCAGAAAUUGCCCUUAAUCCUCCAUUAGCCAUGACAGUAUGAGUACCAAUGAUUACUUUAUUUACACGUGACAUCAUUGCAAAAAUUGCUACAUCUGAUAUUAAAGUAGUUUUAAUUUUAGCUUUUGCAAGGUUAACUGCCAUUUCAUGACCCUUUAAAUAAUAUAUAACUUUGUUAUAAUAAAAAUGUGUAACUACUUAAUCAUUAAAUAUUAUUAUUAAACAAAUAUAUAUUUACA